AUGACUGGCCAGGAUCAAGCGGCCAGGUAUCGGUUAAAGGUGACCGCAGGUUCUUCAUACGAUCCAGCUACGCACCAACUCGUUCCAGUCAACGAAGACCGGUCUUUACGAAUCGAGAACGAGCACGCCUGCGUGAGAUUGUGUGUUCGCAUCCAGGACUACACAGGCUACCCAGACAACUCUCCCAAAACAAACCCCUAUUUCACGCAUCCCCUCCAUACGAAUGAUCAAUAUUCCCUCUCCUUCGCAAUUAAUUUCAAAAAACCUGUCAAUGGGGAUUCUCUCCUCUUCGGCAACGACUUUGAUCGUCCCAUCCGGGAUCGCCUACCAUCUGGCUUCAAAACCGCCCUCCGCCUCGUGAACCCCGGACUGGCCUCGUGGAACCACUUCCGAAUCGGACCCGCAAAUAUGAAAGACCACGAGGUGCAUGCAUUACAUCAAGAAGUUUUAGAGGAAGGCGCAGAAGGGGAUGGUGUUGAGGCUCGAAAAGGCCUGGGUGUUCCGCUCCCUGGAGAUGAAAGAAGGAAGUAUUUCCGGGACGAACAGACACGGAAGGAUUUUGUUUUUGAGCCGGGGAGAGUUUACUGGGUGGAUUUUGGAAAUCCUUAUUUGGUCUUCAGUGACUUUUCUCUACGUCUUCAUGGUAUCAAUAUCAAUGUUCUCCGGCAUAUUGACGAGAAUAACCAUCAUCUGCGAUAUGUGUUGAAGAACCGAGAUACAGAUGAUAUUUAUCUGGUGUUGCUGUUCACCCUUGUUCUGCAGGAAACAGACAAGAAACCGGGACAGGAGAAUUGA